AGAUCACAGCCAUGUGAUGCACGGGGUGUGACUCAAACUUGCGAGGACGGACACGAGUGAAUAAGGUGUCUUGAUGCUGACCGAAGGGGCUUCUCAACAUUUCUAAGCCCUGUAAAUGUCUGAAGCACCGUGCUGGAGAGGUCUGGAAUUUCAUUAUGGAACACAACAGCUUUCAGGAUCAGAGUAAAAAUUACACAGUGCCGGUACAGAGUGACCAGAGGAACAUGUUGGGUACAUACGGAUACUGUUCUAUGCUGUCCAACUUCCGUAUCGAGAAGUUGAUCGGACGUGGGCAGUUCAGCGAGGUUUAUAAAGCCACAUGUCUACUGGACAACCAACAGGUGGCCCUGAAGAAAGUACAGAUGUUUGAAAUGAUGGAUGCUAAAGCCCGGCAAGACUGCAUAAAAGAGAUCGACUUGCUAAAGCAAUUGAACCAUCCAAACGUAAUAAAGUAUUUGGACUCAUUUAUUGAAGAAAACGAGUUGAAUAUUGUUCUGGAGUUAGCUGGUGCUGGUGACCUCUCUCAGAUGAUUAAGUAUUUUAAGAAGAAACAAAGAUUGAUUCCAGAGAGGGCAAUAUGGAAGUAUUUUGUGCAGCUCUGCAGUGCACUGGAACACAUGCACUCCCGUAGAGUCAUGCAUCGAGAUAUAAAACCAGCCAAUGUAUUCAUCACAUCUAUUGGAGAGGUCAAGCUGGGGGACCUAGGACUGGGUCGAUUCUUUAGCUCCAAAACCACUGCAGCACACUCUCUUGUUGGAACACCGUAUUACAUGUCUCCCGAGAGGAUUCAUGAAAACGGCUACAACUUCAAAUCAGACAUCUGGUCUCUGGGCUGCCUGCUGUAUGAGAUGGCAGCACUGCACAGCCCCUUCUACAGUGAUAAGAUGAACCUGCUCUCAUUGUGCCAAAAGAUCGAACAGUGUGACUACCCACCCCUCCCAUCAGAGCACUAUUCACAGAAGCUCAGAGAUCUGGUCAUUAUGUGUAUCAACCCAGAACCCGAUCAGCGGCCCGACAUACUCUUCGUCCUGCAGUUCUCCACACAGAUGCACAUGUGGAUGGCCAGCCCGAUACAAACGCACACACAGAACCAUUGUACAAACCUGUGAUCUCUGCUCCCUCAUUCCAGUAUAUCAAGCUAUGAUAGACACUUCCUCAAGAAAUAAGUUACGAGAGAAAGCAAGCUUAUUGACAGUAUCUGUACAGUUGUAGGCUGAACAUUUCUCUAGAUUUGUUUGGAAAGGAAUGCCAAUAUACUCUAUUGUGCUUUCAAAGUAUGUAUCACUGUGCUGUUUGGUGAUUGGUUUAGAGACUGUGGAAGGGAUGUUACAUUGGUCAGGUCACAUGACCCAGUGUCUCAUGUUGAUAAUGUCACAGCAAGGUAGUUCCAUUUAUACAUACUUCCACUGUUAGGCUUAUAUUUGUAACAUUUACAAGAGCCUUACAGUUGAGUUACUUAUCUCUCUUUUUAUGUUUCUCAAACACACACAAAAUUGUUGAAGGUGAUUUCCCAGGAAACACUCGUUGGCAAGACAUUGGACUGCGUUUUUAAUUCAGUGGCCUUGUUCUCUGGUCAAAUUUCUCCAUGUAAAAUCAUUUUUCCAACAGGAUGUUAUGCUUUAAGGCUUUUUUUAAACAAUUCCUCAUAUGUGUACAUGUUGCGUAAUUAACAAUAAAAUUUUACUGUAAACAUUGGUUUUGAAG